AUGACUAUCAGCAGCCAUAAUUAUGGUCCAUAUCCAGUACUGGGAUUCAGGUUUCGACCCACUGAUGAAGAGCUUAUUCGCUAUCUACUCAAAUUCGUUUCGUGCAAGAGUUUCUCGUUUGAUCAUAUUCGAGUUGAGGAUCUUUACGGGAAUAAGAAGCCAUGGGAUAUAUUCGAAAACAAUUUUCUGGGAGAUGAUACAAAGGUAAACUAUUUCAUUACUAAGUUGAAGAGAACAAAAGCGGGUGGUUCAAGGUUCAGUCGAGGGCUGAUCGGAGGAGGCUGUUGGAAAGGACUUGACAAACACAAACCAGUUUUUAAUGGGUCAAAGUUGGUUGGGUUCAAGAAAAGUUUUCGAUAUCUUGAAAAAGACAGCCGCACGGAGAAAAGUGUCGAUCAAGGAAUUAAAAAUAUUGUUUGGAAUAUGAAAGAGUAUAGUCUUAAUGACAACACAGUAAAGGUGUUAAGACAACGAAAUAUAAUUCAGCAUGAGGCCUAUGUUUUGUGCUGCAUUAAGCGUAAAUCUGUACAUGCUAAUGAUCAUAAGGAAUUAGGUGAUCAUAUGGAAAUAGCGGACAGUGGAAACAACGUUGUUGCUGUUAUGAAUACCAUGCUUUCGACAACUCAAGAACAUGACUAUGUUACAAAUUCUUCAGAGGAUCAAGGGACAGGUGUUCAUGAUUUGUGUCCUUCAAAUCAAUUCUCAUCAUCCGAACAUAAUAAUGCGUUUGAUCAGUUGCAAUUAGUGGAUGUACAAGCGCAGAAUAUUGAAGAGCUGGCACCUUCAGUUCAAAGUCAUGUUGAAUCUGUUGGAAGUUCUUCGACAACUUCAAAUCAAUUCACAUACUACUCGCCUGAUAAUAAUGGCUUUCAGUUGCAACAAUACCAUAGUAAUAUUGAAUGCGAUGAUAGGGCUACUGUUCCAUCAACAUUGGCUGAGAUAAUGAACAAUAUUGAUCAUGUGGAUAUGAAAGUGUACGAGUACCUCGGUAGUUUGCUAGCAGAAAAAUCAAAUACUGCAGAACCCAGUUNUAAAAUCAAAUACUGCAGAACCCCAGUUGCCUAUCUGCAUUGA